AUGCCAACCUUGGAAGAUAUCGCUCCUAAUCUGAGUGGUGCAAAAUAUUUCUCCACUCUAGACGCUGCUUCCGGUUACUGGCAGAUUAAGCUAGCAGACGAAAGCUCGAACAUUUGCACCAUGAGGUAUAGAUUCCUAAGAAUGCCAUUCGGAAUCUCAAUAGCUCCUGAGAUAUUUCAACGAGCCAUGCACCAAGUAUUGCAAGGGCUAGAAGGGGUCUCAGUUGUUAUGGACGAUAUUCUGGUAUGGGGAGGAACCAAAACUGAGCAUGACGAAAAUUUGAAACGUGUGCUGGAGAGGUGCCGAAGCUACAACUUACGGUUAAACAAGAAAAAAUGCCGUUUUUUACAGCAAAGUGUCCGCUACUUGGGUCACAUCGUGACUAACGAGGGACUGGCCCUGGACCCAGGAAGACUUCAAGACAUCUUGGAAGUGAAGGAACCGAAGAACCGUAAGGAACUCCAAGUAUUCCUUGGCAUGGUCAACUUUGUAGCUCGGUUCGUGCCCAACAUGUCAACAAUCACGGCGCCGUUCAGGGAGCUGCUGAAAAAGGAAGUUGCCUGGAAGCCAGGAAAAGAAAUGUUUCUAGCAGACGCCCUGUCGAGGUUUCCAAACGAAGCACCCUUGCGAGAGGAAGCAGAACAUUUUUAUGUGAACGUAAUCGAAUGCUUGCCUGUUUCAGACAAACGUCUGAACGAUGUAAUGGAAGAAACCAACCGGGACCCCAGCAUGACGAAGCUCCGAGAGUACGCAGGUGAUGCUUGGCCCGAAAACAAAAGGGAGGUUCCAGCCGAGAUCCGAACCUACUGGAACUACCGUAAGGAAAUGCACGUCCAGGACGGACUCGUGUUUCGCAGCAAUAGGCUCGUCAUCCCCGCGAGGCAACAGAGGGAAGUACUUUCUGUGCUGCACUCCGCGCAUGGAGGCGUCAGAAAAAUGAAGUCAAGAGCAAAAGCCGUGAUUUUUUGGCCCAACAUGGGAAGCGACAUUGAGCAAAUGGCAAAGAAUUGUGCCGAGUGCCAAAAGUAUAAACCUAAGAAUGUGAAGUUGCCUCUACUCAGCCAUGACAUCCCGAAAUUGCCAUGGCAGACCAUCGGAAUCGACUUGUGCUACCACAAUGACCAAGAAUUUAUUGUUGUGGUUGACUUUUACUCUUUCUUUUUCGAAGUGAGAGCCCUCAACCGCUCGACUGCGAGCAGAGUCAUCACGGUCUGCGCAGACAUCUUCGCGGCACACGGCCUGCCAAAGACGCUGUGCAGUGACAAUGGUCCACCAUUCAACAGCCAACAGUUCACGGACUACCUCCGCAAGAUGGGCACCACGCACGUCAAGUCCAGCCCAUACCAUCCGCGCGCAAACGGGAUGGUGGAACGCGCGGUACAAGAGGCAAAGAAGCUCCUGAGAAAAUAUGCAUAUGGUAGUGUCGAAUACUACACCGCAUUACUGGAGUGGCGCAAUACUCCCAGGGAUGAUUAUCUCAAGUCACCAGUGCAUCGGCUGAUGGGACGACAGACUAGGACCCUUCUACCAGUACCCCCGAGCCACCUGGAGCCGAGCAUCGUUCGACCGCAAGUUGUCCAAAGACGUCUACGGCACUUCUGGAAGAAGCAGCGGACGUAUUACAACCCCACCGCCAGGUCUCUUCCCAAUCUAAAGGAUGGCGACCAGGUGACUGUCUACGACACCUUGGCCAAGACGUGGGCUCCAGCAGCAGUCAUUGGAGCAGCGGGUGCCCCUCGGUCCUACAUUGUCCAGGAUCAAGACGGACGAGAACUUCGCCGCACGAGAGAACACCUGAGAAGCACAAGCCAGGUCCCGAUGGCGACAUCACACACCACACCACCGACUUUGCCGCACCACCGACACCACACCACCGACGGUGGAAUUGCGCCGUAG